UCUCUCUCUCUCUCCAAUGGUGAAGUUCUCGAAAGAGCUUGAAGCUCAGCUCAUUCCUGAAUGGAAAGAGGCUUUCGUUAACUACUGGCAGCUGAAGAAACACGUGAAGAAGAUCAAGCUCGCCCAAAAGCCCAAGCAAGUCCAAAACGCCAACGUCGAUUUCGGCCUAUCCAUUUUCGACCCCGUUCGUGCUGUCAUCAGUAGAAUCUCCGAUCACUUCCGUAAUGCCGGACAGAAUUCAGAGGUUAUCAAGGUAUAUAUAUAUAUACAUGUACAUCUCUAACGGCAAAUAAAAAAGAAAAUAACACAUCUCUAAACCAAGCCAAUAAAAUAAAUAAAUAAAUAAAUAUGGCUUAAAGGUGGCACUGAAGCCUCAUAUUAUUAUUUGAAGACCCUGUACGAAAAUCUGGACGGUAAGCUGACCUGAACACUGUGAAAUACUAAUAUUAAAAACCAAAAGCUCAGUCAUCACUUAUUAGCAAGGCUUGUUUGGUUUCGGUACAAUUCGGAAGGUGGUGAAAGCGAAAUUUAAACGUUUUCCCUUUUUUGGUUUUUUUUUGAAACGGCAAUAAAUUUAUUAAGAAACUUGAUAAUGGUACGUCAAGUAAAGAUAAGCGGCAUCAUAUUCAGGCUAAAACAAGUGUCUUGAAUAUACAGUAAUCUGAUGGAUCGAUGUAACAAUACUCUCGAUCGUUAUUCGCUUUUCGGGGUUACUUUACGUGCCAAAAUAUUGGAAUUCCGUAUGGUUCUUCUAUUUUAGGAAUUCCGGCAAUUUAUUGUGACAGAUUUGCUCUUUACGCAAUAUAUUUUGCUGUUUCAUUCAAGUUUUCGGUUAUCGCCAGUAAAGUUAAAGGUGCAGAUUUUGUGUCAAUAAUUGUCACGAAAGCAUCGUGAAUGGCUAACAGAAAGGAUUUAAUUCAACAACCCACAAAAGAUAUCACUGAAAACGACACCCAACGGGUGAAGAGCAAGAUUACGGAAGGAAAAGAUGAUGGGGGUGAACAAGUGUAUGAAACUGAGCUUGUGCAACUGUUUUCUGAGGAGGAUGAGGUUAAGCAAUUUUUUGAGAGCUUGGACGAGGAGCUAAAUAAGGUGAACCAGUUUUACAAGACGAGAGAGGCAGAGUUUCUGGAGAGAGGAGAUCAACUGAUCAACAAGCAGCUGCAGACUCUGAAUGAACGCAAGCAAAUCCUCAGCGACCGGCGCCGGAAAAGUCUGUCGUCGAAGUCGUCUGCCGGAUUUACCACCCCUUCUUACACGUCUUCCCCUUGGAACUCGGAUUAUUCCGAAAGCCCGACGGAAUAUUGCGAAAGCCCCAUCGAAACCCCACGGAAAGAGGAUGCAAGUGCCACGGUAGAAAAAAACGGUGUAAAUUUCGUCGUUUCACCUAAAGAAUCGAAAACGAAGAAGGGGAACCCAACACGGGCGAUAUCGAUGCUCUGGGAAGAUGUACUGAAGAAUCCCAAGAAAGAAUUGGGCCCAGGAACUGAUUUCAUAAACAGGAAAAAGAACCAAUGUGCAGAAAAGAUGAUCAGGGGAGCUUUUGUGGAGCUCUACAGAGGCCUUGGGCUGUUAAAAACAUACAGCUCUUUAAAUAUGAUGGCGUUUACCAAGAUACUCAAGAAAUUUGACAAGGUAUCGAACGAGCAGGCAUCAGCAAUCUACCUCCAAGUAGUGAAAAGAUCUUAUUUUCUUAGUUCUGAUAAGGUGGUUAGACUCAUGGACGAAGUGGAGUCCUUAUUCACAAAGCACUUCGCCAACAAUGACAGGAAAAAGGCUAUGAAGUUCCUAACACCCCAUCAGCACAAAGAUUCUCACAUGCUUACCUUCUUUGUUGGAUUAUCUACAGGUUGUUUUGUAACACUAUUUAGUGUUUACGGAAUAUUAGCACAUCUGUGUGGGAUGUUCUCUCCUACAACAUCUUACAUGGAAACUGUCUACCCUGUUUUCAGCAUGUUUGCUCUGCUAAGCUUGCACUUGUUCAUGUACGGGUGCAAUCUGUUCCUGUGGAAGAGCUCCAGGAUCAACUACAACUUCAUAUUCGAGUUCCAGCCCUCCACUGCCCUCAAAUACAGAGACGCUUUCCUCAUUUGCACCUCCCUCAUGACCGCGGUGGUCGCGGCCAUGGUGAUACACCUCGUGCUGCUCUCCAAUGGCUUCUCGCCUCAACAAGUCGAUGCCAUUCCGGGAAUCCUCCUUCUGAUGUUUAUCACCCUGCUCAUCUGUCCACUGAAUGUCUUCUAUCGCCCGACUCGGUUUUGUUUCCUCCGGGUAAUACGAAACAUAGUCUUCUCUCCAUUUUACAAGGUUUUGAUGGUUGAUUUUUUCAUGGCUGACCAACUUACUAGUCAGAUUCCACUGCUAAGGCAUAUGGAGUCCACAGCAUGUUACUUCAUUGCCGGAAGUUUCAAAACACACCGGUACGAGACUUGUAAAACCGGAAAGUUUUACAGAGAAGCGGCUUAUUUCAUUUCUUUUGCGCCGUAUUUUUGGCGCGCUAUGCAGUGCGCAAGAAGAUGGUACGACGAAAGUGACACGGACCACCUGGCAAACAUGGGAAAGUACGUUUCGGCCAUGGUUGCAGCCGGGGCGAGGUUAACCUACGAGAGGUUAACCCACGCCCAGCACCCCGAGAGCAAACUCUGGAUGGCUAUUGUGUUGGUCACUUCCUUGGUGGCCACAACGUAUCAGUUGUACUGGGAUUUUGUCAAGGAUUGGGGACUCCUCAACCCGAAAUCCAAAAACCCAUGGCUCAGAGACGACCUCAUUGUCAAGAACAAGAGCAUCUACUAUCUGUCAAUCGCAUUCAAUUUUGUCCUGAGAGUUGCUUGGGUGGAGACCGUGGUGCGAUUCUCUAUCGGGCAGUCUGAACCACGAUUGCUAGAGUUUUUCCUGGCUUCACUGGAGGUCAUUCGACGUGGGCACUGGAACUUCUACAGGUUGGAGAAUGAGCAUCUGAACAACGUUGGCAAGUUUAGGGCCGUGAAGGCGGUUCCUUUACCAUUCCGCGACACAGAUUCAGACUGAUGAAAGUCGUUCAAUACUUACGCGUAAGCAUAUCCCUCUAACGAGCUGAAAUGAUGAUCAAUGCAGAAUUCUCGACGUUGCUCAACAUCAAAGGGAGCAAUCUGCAUUUUGCAUUAGAAACCACUUGAGAAGUUCUUAACCAUUGAUCGAAGAUACUGUCGAAAAAGUGAGCCGUGAAGUUCGCAUUGUCGCGAUUGAAGCAUUCUUGGAUGGAUAUUUAUUGUUGAUCUGUAUAUUUGGGAAUUCCUAACUCGAAUCUGAUGAUAUAAAUGUGUCUUUAUUAGUAA